GUUUUUUUGGCAGUGCAGUCCAAUGAUCUGUGAUGCAGUACUUGAAUGUGUGUGUGCAUCAAGGGGUAAUGUCCCGAUAUUGCAUCAUGUUAUUGCAUGAGUUGUGUGUUUGAAUCAUGUUUAAUGAGGCCAGGUGAUUAAAAGAUGCUGCUAUUUACAGCAAGCACAACAGUUUGCUGCUGUAUUUGUUUUGCUUUUUUUAAGUUGUAAGUUAUUGCUAACGAACAGAAAGUGGGAGAAGAUGUCGUUGAUGAUUACAUGCUCUGUCAUCAACUUGGACUGGUCUGAUCAGCUUGUCUUUAGUUUCUAAAAUCUAGUUCAUUAAAUUACUACUAAAACCUAGUUUAAUUACAAGCAACACACGCAUGUAGAAAAUGGUGAGCCUUUUCUUCUACAGAAAACUUGUAGUUUUUAGGGAGAAUGUCUUAUUUCUUCGUUGUUGUGUGAUGGGCUAAACCUACUUCACUUGUCUGAUAAUGGUUCACGGAUAGCAAUGCUAGGAGAAAGUGGGAGAGGCCCUUAUUUACAUGCUCUGUCAUCAAUUGGGUCAGGCCGUAUUGGGUCGUGUUGUUGUCUUAAGUUGUUAAAACUUAAAGUUCCUUUAAUGACUUUUCAAGAAGACCAAGUUUAUUUAAUUACAAGCCAUCAGGCGCACGGACAUGUGGAAAUGAGCCUAGCCCAGCUAGAGAUACUGUGCAAGCAGCUCUAUGAGACCACAGACACCACCACACGGCUCCAGGCGGAGAAGGCCCUGGUCGAGUUCACCAACAGUCCCGACUGCCUGAACAAAUGCCAACUCUUGCUCGAGAGAGGAAGUUCGUCUUACUCGCAGUUACUGGCUGCCACAUGUCUGUCCAAACUGGUCUCCCGCACUAGUAAUCCACUUCCUCUGGAGCAGCGCAUAGACAUCCGGAAUUAUGUUCUUAACUACUUGGCAAGUCGACCAAAGCUCGCCGCUUUUGUGACACAAGCAUUGAUCCAGCUGUAUGCCAGAAUCACCAAGCUCGGCUGGUUCGACUGCCAGAAGGAAGAUUAUGUUUUUAGGAAUGUCAUCGUAGAUGUUACGAGGUUUCUUCAGGACAGUGUUGAACACUGCAUCAUAGGAGUGACUAUUCUUUCUCAGCUCACCAAUGAAAUUAAUCAAGCUGACACAACCCAUCCCUUGACGAAGCAUCGGAAGAUUGCGUCGUCGUUUCGGGAUUCGUCAUUAUUUGAUAUCUUCACACUCUCCUGCAACCUCCUCAAACAGGCUUCGGGGAAGAACCUGAACCUGAAUGAUGAGAGUCAGCAUGGGCUGCUCAUGCAGCUCCUCAAGCUGGCCCACAACUGCCUCAACUUCGACUUCAUCGGCACGUCCACGGACGAGUCCUCCGACGACCUGUGCACCGUCCAGAUCCCCACCAGCUGGAGAUCAGCAUUUUUGGACUCUUCAACCCUCCAACUGUUUUUUGAUUUGUAUCAUUCCAUCCCUCCUUCCCUUUCUCCUUUGGUUCUGUCUUGCCUUGUCCAGAUAGCGUCAGUCCGGCGGUCACUCUUCAACAACGCAGAGAGGGCAAAAUUCCUCUCUCAUCUAGUUGAUGGCGUGAAGAGAAUACUGGAGAAUCCACAGAGUUUGUCUGAUCCAAAUAAUUACCACGAGUUCUGCCGGCUGCUGGCCAGACUAAAGAGCAACUAUCAACUGGGCGAGCUCGUGAAGGUGGAAAACUACCCAGAAGUCAUCAGGCUAAUCGCCAAUUUCACCGUCACCAGCCUACAGCACUGGGAGUUUGCCCCCAACAGCGUGCACUACCUGCUGAGCCUGUGGCAGCGUCUGGCUGCGUCUGUGCCCUAUGUGAAGGCCACGGAGCCCCACAUGCUGGAGACCUACACUCCCGAGGUCACCAAGGCCUACAUCACCUCGCGCCUGGAGUCCAUACACAUCAUCCUCAGGGAUGGCCUGGAGGACCCCCUGGACGACGCGGGGCUGGUGCAGCAGCAGCUGGAUCAGCUGUCCACCAUCGGCCGCUGCGAGUACGAGAAGACGUGCGCCCUGCUGGUGCAGCUGUUCGACCAGUCGGCACAGUCCUACCAGGAGCUGCUGCAGUCCACCAACUCCAGCACCAUGGACAUCGCCGUGCAGGAAGGACGAUUGACGUGGCUGGUGUACAUCAUCGGAGCCGUGAUCGGUGGCAGGGUCUCUUUCGCCAGCACAGAUGAGCAAGAUGCCAUGGAUGGAGAGCUUGUGUGUCGAGUGUUGCAGUUAAUGAACCUAACGGACUCGAGACUGGCGCAGGCGGGCAACGAGAAGCUUGAGCUGGCCAUGCUCAGUUUCUUUGAGCAAUUUCGCAAGAUCUACAUCGGUGACCAGGUGCAGAAGUCCUCUAAGUUGUACCGACGCCUGUCCGAAGUCUUGGGGUUGAACGAUGAGACCAUGGUACUCAGCGUGUUCAUUGGGAAAAUCAUUACCAACCUGAAAUAUUGGGGACAAUGCGAACCAAUCACCUCCAAGACACUACAGCUCCUGAAUGACCUCUCCAUAGGGUACAGUAGUGUGAGAAAGCUGGUGAAGCUGAGUGCAGUCCAAUUCAUGCUGAAUAACCACACAAGCGAGCACUUUUCCUUUCUCGGCGUAAACAAUCAGUCCAACCUAAGUGACAUGCGGUGUCGGACCACCUUCUACACGGCACUGGGACGCCUACUCAUGGUGGACUUAGGGGAGGACGAGGACCAGUUUGAGCAGUUCAUGCUCCCUCUGACUGCAGCGUUUGAGGCCGUUGCAGCCAUGUUCAGCACUAACACUUUCAACGAACAAGAGGCCAAAAGGACAUUAGUGGGCCUGGUUCGAGACCUUAGAGGAAUCGCCUUUGCCUUCAACGCCAAGACCUGCUUCAUGAUGCUGUUCGACUGGAUCUACCCCUCCUACAUGCCCAUCCUGCAGAGGGCGAUAGAGCUGUGGUACCACGUCCCUGCCUGCACCACUCCUGUACUCAAGCUCAUGGCCGAGCUCGUCCAUAACAGGUCCCAGAGGUUACAGUUUGACGUGUCAUCGCCCAACGGCAUCCUGCUGUUCAGAGAGACCAGCAAGAUGAUCACCACCUACGGCAACCGCAUCCUGACGCUGGGCGAGGUGCCAAAGGACCAGGUGUACGCCCUGAAGCUGAAGGGCAUCUCCAUCUGCUUCUCCAUGCUGAAGGCCGUGCUCAGCGGGAACUACGUCAACUUCGGAGUCUUCCGGCUGUACGGGGACGACGCACUGGACAACGCGCUGCAGACCUUUAUUAAGCUGCUGCUGUCUAUACCGCACAGCGACCUGUUGGACUACCCCAAGCUGAGCCAGUCGUACUACUCGUUACUGGAGGUGUUGACGCAGGACCACAUGAACUUCAUCGCCAGUCUGGAGCCGCACGUGGUCAUGUACAUCCUCUCUUCCAUAUCAGAGGGCCUCACUGCACUCGACACCAUGGUGUGCACAGGUUGCUGCUCGAGCCUGGACCACAUCGUGACGUACCUGUUCAAGCAGCUGUCGCGCAGCACCAAGAAGAGGGCGGCGCCCAUGGCCCAGGAGAGCGACCGCUUCCUCCACAUCAUGCAGCAGCACCCCGAGAUGAUCCAGCAGAUGCUGUCCACGGUGCUUAAUAUUAUUAUAUUUGAAGACUGCCGAAAUCAGUGGUCCAUGUCGCGGCCACUGCUGGGUUUGAUCUUGUUAAAUGAGAAGUAUUUUGCAGACUUGAGGAACAGCAUCGUCAACAGCCAGCCACCAGAAAAACAACAGGCCAUGCACUUAUGCUUUGAAAACUUAAUGGAAGGCAUAGAACGGAACCUGCUAACCAAAAAUAGAGACAGGUUUACACAGAACCUUUCAGUAUUUAGACGGGAAGUGAACGACUCCAUGAAGAAUUCCACAUACGGGGUAAACAGCAACGACAUGAUGAGCUGACAUUCCACUGGGCACCUGUCCAUGGCAGCGGCAAUGCGGUCACGCGCCACUUUGCGCUCUUGCGCCCUCCUCCUCCUCCUCCUCUUCCUCCUCCACCUCCCCCAGGGCCCGGACGCCAGGGGGACACCGCUGUGCAAGCCUGCUCCUCCUCUAACUCGCACUCCUCCUCCUGCGCCUCCUUUCGCUCCUCGACUCCUCUUAACCUCCCAGGCACCUUGCUCCCCUCCUGUCGCUCUUCUCCCCAUCACUCGGUCCUCCCCACCUUUUUUAUAUAUUCACGUAUAAAUAUACACCGAUUUUAAAGCCAGUUUUCUCAAGGCCGCCCCCACUGACUUUCCUGGAAGUCAGUCUGUGAGUGAGUGAGUGGGUGGGUUGGCCGGGCGGUGGGUUGAGGGCCCAGCGUCCAAAGAGAGAGUUGGGUCUGAGAGGAGAGGAGAGGAGAUGAGGGGGGAGAUUUAUUGAGGUAUGGGCCAGGAGUGGAGGUGUCUGGAGAGACUGGCACAAGCGUACGAAUGGCUGCUGUUCUUCCAUCCCUCAAGAGAUUGAGGGAGGGUGCGCGUGUGUGUGUGUGUGUGUGUGUGUGUGUGUGUGUGUGUGUGUGUGUGUGUGUGUGUGUGUGUGUGUGUGUGUGUGUGUGUGUGUGUGUGUGUGUGUGUGUGUGUGUGUGUGUGCGCGCGUCCGUGUCCGAAUGUUUGAGGGGAGGGCGUGCGUGCGUGCGUGUGUGUGUGCGCAUGCGUGCUCGGGUGUGUGGGGGGAGGGGUGCUGCGGAUCGUGGAGUGUAAGCUGGUUAUGUGUAGUGCUCUGCUUCUGCCUGCCUUGUAUAGAAACACACGGAAAAAAAAGAAGUGUACAUUUUUUUCAUAACAUUUUGAACAAUGUUUAUAAUGAUUUCAAUUUAAGAAAAGGAAAAAAAUCAAAAAACAAAGAAAGAUGAAAGUGUGUGACAUUUUUACAGUCUAGUAAGUUAGUGCAACUGUGCUGAAGUGUGGGUUUGUCUGUAUGAAGAGAAAUUACUAUAUCCCAAGUGACAUGUUUGAUUGGUGUGAGUGGUGUGCUUUACAAACCCCUGUAUGCGUCACGGGUGUGUAAAAGGCUGUGGGGGAGAAGAUCUAGGGUGAUGUGUUUGGGUGGGGCGGGGGUGAUGAUGCUCUCGUGAAAUUACAUGGGGAGAGUGAGGGAAAGACCGAUGACAGAAGAAAAGAAAAAAAUGCGAUGUAUAUUUUCCUUAAAUCUUUAGAGUGACAUGAUGGCGCAUGGAAGACUUUGUAAAUACACUAUUUCCUGCUGCCUUUGCAGUUGCAGAGAGGGAUGUCUGUUCAUGGGGCCAGUGGGAACCCAAAUUCCCCACAACAAAAAGUCCAGUCUUGAGGUGUAUGCAUAUGAAGUGAUGGGGUGCAACUCAAACCAGGUCCUCCGGCCCGUUCCUGUUGCUUGUGACCUUUUGCGUCGCUGUCACCCACCGCGCCUCAAAGGAGAAAACCAUAACGUUUCCCCACGAUCGACCCAGGCAGACCCUCCAACAACAGCAAUUUGAUGGCAAAUGAGUUGCUGACCUUUAAAAUGUGCUUUUGCAAGAUACUGAAUAAAACUUUUAAUGAUACCGAGCCUUGCAUCAUGAGGACACAAGCAACAGGGAAGGACGGCAGGUUACUAGUUUGACUUGCGCCCAUGCUGAUGAUGGUGCUGAUGGUAGUUGUGGUUGUGAUGCGUGACUUGAGUGAGAAAUAAAACCUUCCUUACUUGGCCUUGGAAAACACCCUCUCUGUCUUACAGAGGAGCUUCAAGUGUUGGGAACACACAAGCUUGCUUGAGCCUUGGGCCUAGGAUUUAGCGGUUGAAGAUCAAUCAAGUUUGAAAGUGGGUGAUUGUGACUGCGUUCAUGUGUAUGAUGAUUUCAUUCCGAGACCUCAGCUGCAAGAGGGGUGUGGGGGUUGCAAAACCACCAGUCCUCCCCCUUUCCCCGCUUAGUUUUUUAUUCUUUUCUUAAAAUAGUCUCAGAAAGCUUGAAUCAUGUCUUUUUGUGGAUUUUGAUUAGAUGAACAAAAAAAAACUGAUUAUGGUUGUAGUGAAGUUGCUCUUCUCCGAGCCAAUCGUCAACUUGUUGACCUGCUUUUUAAAUCGUAUCUCCCAGGCUUCCCAGUCUCUUGUGGCUUUCUUGUUAAGCUGGCAUAAGUUUUGGUAGUUAAGGCCUAUAGGAUGUAGCUGUGUACUUCAAAAAGAACUUUGGUACUACAACUCAUCACAAAAGGAAGUGAAACAAAUCUUGGACAGUUGUCGGUCUAAAAACUUUCACCCCAAUUUUUUUUUUCUUAGCCCCUUUGAAGGAUCCCCAACUUAUUUUUUUAAAUACCCGAAGAAUAUCACGAGUAGUUACAGAGAAAAAGAAAAGUCAGUACAGUACAUGAGACAGAAUGGAAUAUAUUAGCAACUUGUGCUACUCAUCAGAUGUUGCUGCUAACUGUUUGUGAAGAUCUAGCUCAUCUCUAACCAUGUUUAAAAAACACUCAUGGAUGUUUUUAAGUUUCCCUUUUCUUCCGUUGGUUCCCUGAUGUGAAUGUGUCCUUCUGGCGACUGUGUGUUGGGUCCACUGAGUGCUAUGAUAUGAUAGUUGGUUGAAAAUGUUUGGAUGUCUGCUACAUAUAGUGUAAGCAUUGUGACUGCAAAAUAAACGUCAAUGGUUUGUAUA